GGGGAGUGAACCUCUUGAGAGUCUGAUUGAUUCUUUUGCUGUCUGGCGACUCUCUGAUCCACCUGCUCACACUGACAGUCCAAAGAUGGGCCUAACUUCAACACAAUGGCGGGCCUUGUUAGAUGCAACCGGUAAUGCUGAGAAACCACAUCUGCAAGCACUCUUGGAUGGUGCUAUAAAACGGGAACAGGAGACAGAGAAGGAGAGGAAGGAAACCCUGCUAAGAAGGCAAGUGGCUCUCCUAGAGACUGUCCCCUCACUGACCGAAGUGCAGUGUGGGGAACAGUUGCAGUCCAUACUCACAACAUUGGUUCAAGUCCGGAACCUUGAGGACCAUACCACUCAGAUCGCUGAAGUUUUUGCGAAGCUGCAGACUCUUCAGGAUGAUCUGACUGAGAUGACCCGCAAGUACCAUGACUUGACCAAGGAGGUGGCUGACCUGCAACAAGCCCAAGUGGCCAACCCUCUCCCUCUACCCCUUGGGACCGGAGCUGCAAUCGGAACUACUUCUGCCCCUCUUACUGUAUCUUCUUCUACCUCUUCUUCGAGUGUGAUGGCAACUUCCUCAGAACCUGCAGCAGGUGCAGAUUCCACUGUUGCUAUAACAAGCAAUGAGGCUGGAACUUCUGCAAGUGCUGCAGCCUCAAGAUCGGAACCAGCUGCUGCUGGUCGCAGCUACGCAGGUCCCUAUGUGGACAGGAAGUCGAUUCAAAUGCCGACCAAGUACGACGGCAAGGAGGACAUCGACUCCUGGACCAGCUCCAUGCGAGCCUACUUCGAGAUUCUGGGGACUCAAACUGAGACCCAGGCAGUGAUCAUGGGAAUGAAUGUCGAGCCAGUCGUACGGGGCUUCCUAGAAGUCCAAGCAACGCGGGCUGGGUUUCCAAAGGCUGCAUUGGCCAAAUGGCUAAGGGCCACCCCUGUUGCCUCCCUCGAAGAACUCCUUACCUCAGAAUACCAAGAUCCACAYGUUGCYRCUAAAGCAAGAAUUCAASUGGAUAAAKURAAGCACAACAAGUGGAAUGGYUCCAUGAAAAGCCUGCAGACCUAUCUAAGCAAACUGUUUGCCACCCCUGGUUUGGAGUUGUCCCCUCAAUCUUGCUUGGAUGUGGUCAAGGGCGCGGUCCCAACUCACUUUACUAGUCGCCUGGGCACGGGCUACAUUGCAUAUACUKACUGGCUCGCCUUAAUGAAGGACGUAGUCGGUCUGGAGGCCAUGGACCUCGUGAGCACGGCAGGCAGCAAAAAGCCCAUGGGCGGCAGACGGUUCAAGGGCAGCAACCGUUUUGCUGUGCAUGACCUGCUGGAGGCCGAAGGAGAAGCCGAUGCGGUUGACCCCACUCUUGAUUCGGUCGUCUCUAUAGGCGACUUGCGACCGGACUUUGGUGAUCCCUUUGCUGAUUUCCCACCCCCACCUGUCCCAUCAAACAUCCAAGCCCUCCUCGAUCGGUUUCCAGAAGUCCUGGCCGAGCCACGUGGAGUCCCCUUGCGACCGGUUCGACACACCAUCGAGUUGGUCGAGGGUGCUGUUCCUCCAAAGGGCUGCGUGUACCGUAUGGGACCCGGCGAGUUGGAGGAACUCCGGCGGCAGAUCGAUGAGAUGAUUGACAAAGGGUGGAUCAAACCAAGUGAAUCUGAAUUUGGUGCUCCUGUGUUGUUUGUGCCAAAGAAAGGAGACAAACUCCGCAUGUGUAUUGACUAUCGCGGUCUAAACCGCAUCACAAGAAAGAAUGCUUACCCAUUGCCUCGUAUAAAUGACUUGCUUGAUGUUGCAGGCAGGUGCAAGGUCUUCUCCAAGAUCGAUCUCAAGUCUGGCUACCACCAGAUUGAAGUCGAUCCUGCGGACCAGCACAAGACUGCGUUCAAGACGCGCGAYGGGCUUUAUGAGUUUACCGUAAUGCCCUUCGGUCUUACGAACGCACCAGCCACGUUCCAAAGCCUCAUGGACAAGGUCCUCCGCGAACAGAUUGGCCGGUUCGUGGUAGUGUACCUGGACGAUAUCCUGAUUUUCAGCAAGUCCAUGCAGGAACACCUCAAGCAUCUUGAGGAGGUACUUGCCAUCCUCAAGAAGACGCAGCUCCAUCUCAACUUGGAGAAAUCCGAGUUUGGGAGGGAUAGCGUCAUCUAUCUUGGGCACCGGUUGUCUGUUGCAGGCCUAGAGCCUGAGGCAACCAAGAUUGAGCUCAUAAGCGAUUGGCCUCAGCCUGUGAACAUUCGUGAAUCGCGUUCUUUUCUUGGUCUCGCGUCGUACUAUCGGAAGUUUGUACCCCGUUUUUCUAUCAUUGCUCAUCAAUUGUCGCGACUAACCAGCAAGAAUGUGUCUUACUCCUGGGAUGCCGCGUGUACGGAAGCAUUUCGAACUCUCAAGGAAGCCUUGGUAAGUUACUCGGUACUCCGCAUUGCAGAUCCCAAACUGACCUUCGUAGUUACUACGGAUGCAAGUCAGUAUGGGAUCGGUGCGGUGCUGCAACAAGAUGAUGGCGAUAGCCUGCGGCCACUCGAGUACUACAGCAAACGAAUGCCCAGCGUGAAGGUAGCCACUUCCACCUACAUGCGCGAGCUCUACGCUUUGCGCAUGGCGUUGGAUCACUCGAAACAUUACCUGUUGGGACGCCACUUCAAAGUGUUCUCAGAUCAUGAGACCUUGAAGUGGAUCAAAAUGCAGACUACUCUGUCCCCUACCUUGCUUCGCUGGUUUCAUGAGAUUGACAUCUUUGAUUUUGAAUUGAGACACAAAAAGGGUUGUUACAAUCGAGUCGCUGACGCAUUGUCUCGCCACCCUGAGUACAUGACUUGCCUUGUGAAAUCCUACGACCUCCGGAAGAAACUGAAGGAGGAGCUCGUAGAGCAGACAGCCAAGGAUCCGGAACUUAGUUCCAUCCUUGAGCAGCUGCGGGCUGAUCCUAGUAGUCAGCCUGAUUUCCACGAGUAUGGAGGACUGAUUUUUCGCCAAUACGGGAACCAUGAUCGUUUGUGUGUACCCAACCAUGAGCCUCUCCGCACACACUUUCUGGACUCGGCUCAUGGCCGGAGCGGGCACUUCGGCAUGGCAAAAACGUACGCUAACCUGGUGAGACAGUUUGAUUGGCCUGGCAUGAAAGGGACUGCUGAGAAAUUUAUAGCUGAAUGUCAAGUUAGUCAACGAAUCAAACCAUGUAGGCAAAAGCCCAUGGGGAUACUCACACCCCUACCCAUUCCUGAUGGCCCCGGGGAAUCUGUCUCCAUCGAUUUCACGGACAUGGGUAAGGUAAGCAAGAAUGGGUUUUCACAAGUCAUGGUGAUUGUUGACCGAUUCUCAAAGUUUCUUGAUUUGAUCCCUCUACCGCCUCACGCCCCAACAGAUCUAGUGAUUCGCGAAUUCCAGCAGAAAUACCUGCUGCAGUUCAGAACCCCGAAGACUCUUGUGAGUGAUCGGGACCCGCGGUUCAUUAGCGCUGAAUGGAAGGAGUUCACAUCCCACCUAGGAAUCAAACUGUGCAUGACAUCUGGUCGACACCCCGAAGCCAACGGUUUGGCUGAGGAGAUCAACCAGACUGUAUUCCAACUACUUCGUGCUUUGAUCAUUCCUGAUCAGGAAACAUGGGAUGAGGAGCUGUAUUCUGUCAAGGGGUUGUACAACAACUCCGUUCACUCUGCCACCGCCACGACGCCCAAUAGGCUGCACUACGGGUGGCAGAUCCGCAAUCCGCUCUCCUACUUGUUCCCUGAGCAGCCGGCUGGUUUGACACCCAGCAGGCCUGGCUUCAGUGCUAAGUAUGAUCGCUUGCUCAAAGUUGUUGUUGCAGCUAUGACCAAGCGACAGCAUGCCAUGAUUCAUCAUGCGAACAAGAAGUGUAAACCAUCGGAGAUUCAGGUAGGAAGUUAUGUCUGGGUAAAGAUGUCUGAAUUCUCAGAGGAGGAGGGAGUCUCACGCAAACUCCUCCCACUCUACUACGGGCCUUGGGAAGUUUUGGAUGUAAUCGGGAAAGAUCAUUUCGGCCCUUCGUACAUUGUGGACGUGCCUGCUCACCUGCGCACAUAUCCCGUGUUUCAUGCAUCUAAACUGAAUCUCCAUCGUGAAGCUGAGACAUUCGAUUAUCGCGAAGAUAUGAUCCCUCACGCAAUCAAGGGGGGGCAUGAGAUAAAUAGAAUCAAACAGCAUGUAGGUAAAGGGGGAAACAGACAGUACCAGGUUCAUUUCAUGUAUCACCCGUUAGAUGAUCUCUACUGGAUCUCCAAACAGGAACUGCUACGCAGCGCACCGCGCGUUGUCAAAGCUUACGAGCGACAGAUCGCCGCCAACGCCACACCAAAGAUCUCAGUAAGGCUCUCUGCAACAGAGUAUUCCAGGAAUCUCUUUGCCUUGCUCGCCUACGAUGCUUACUCACUUCCUAUGCAGUCAGUGCAUUGCUCCACCCAGAGGAUUAGCAGAGGAGCAGUUGGGGAGUUAAGAGGGAGCUUCGAGACGAACGAGAUGACCUCCAUCAUGGGCUCCAUGGCUAUAGAAGUGGAGUGCGAGGUUGGAGAAGAAGAGAAGAAGAGAAGUGGAGGAGUUGGGGAGUUGUUAGCGAGCUUCGAGAUGGGGGCGAUGACCUCCGUUAUUGACUCGAUGGCUAUGGAUGUUGAGUAUAAGGCCGAAGGAGAUGAGUAGCGGAGCAGUUGGGGAAUCAUAAGGAAGCUUGGAGAUGAGGGAGAUGACCUUCAUCAUUGGUUUGAUGGCUACGGCAUCCAGUACGAGGUGGAAGAAGAAAAAAAAUAGUGGAGCGGUUGGGAGUCAAUAGGGGCCUUCGAGAUGAGGUAGAUGACCUCCAAUGCUCUCCAUCAUUGGCUGCAUGGCUAUGGACGUGAAGCAGAAGCAAGGGCGUUAUUGGAAUUGGUUAUGAAACAAACUCAAUUAUUGUCG